AGGAGAGAAACUCCUUUCAUGGGGACAUUGAUGCAGUGUUUUGCAUUGGAUGGAGAGAUCACAUACAAAAUAAAGAGACACUUGAGUAGUUGGUGGUCUCGACCCCAAUUACAACACGGAUUGACCUACACCUUAAGGUUAAGCCAGAAAGAACACAUCGCAGUGUGCGCAACAAACCACAAAAUGGCCAAGAAGUCCAGAAAGAAGAGCUCCCCUCCCCUUUUAUACUCCAGAGGACAGCUUAGCACCGAUCACCAAAAAAGGGUACCAGUGGCAGAUCUCUAGGGUAGGAACGGCAUCACACAAAUAAGUUAUGUGGCACCCGUCACAAGGUGGGAUGUAUAGGACAGUAAGUGAACACCUGUCCUGCAGCUAUUGUGGGGUGUCCCUUGUCUGCAUCGGUCAGCGCCUAUUAAAAGUUGCCCAAGCAUGGAAAAGCUCACUCUGUUACAGGGUCAUGGGUGGCCAAGGCUCACUGAUGUGUGCGUGUGCGGUCCGAUCCGACAGACGAGCCACUGCAGCUGUAACGGGCUGGAAAAAGCUCAUGGUAGUGAUGAUUGAGGAUCAUUCCAGGGUGUGCUGGAGUCAAAUCCAUGGAGGCUCUACCAUGCAACUCGCAAGACUUAAACGAUUGCUGCUGGUGUCUAGGUGCCUGAUACCUCUGCACACCUUCAGAUGUCUAGUGUAGCCCACGUCGUGACAGCUACAGUGUAAGUUAAGUGGUCAUCGUGUCACGUCUGAUUGUGGCAUCCAAUUCAGAUAUCCCUUUACUCUGUUAUAGAGGUUUAUCGAUUUUUCAUGGAUUACUGAUGCUGAGGGGACAUUUUGUCACUGUGGGGCCAUCUUUCUGUAAUUACUAUGUUAAGGUGAGAUAAUCCUUUAUUUAACCCACAGAAAGGAAAUUCAAUAUUGUAGCAGUAGACAGUUUGAGGAUAGUGCACACAGGAAAUAAAAGAAGUAAACAUUAAAUAAAUACAAAACAUGGAAAAUGAAAAAGGUCCAAAGCAACAUGAACGUGUAAUACCACUGUCCGGCCUGUAGGGGGAGGCCGCGUCCCAGUUUUACGAGGAGCAGCCUGUUGUGCACUGAAAAGUGUCUGUUUGAAUAUUACUACUAUUAAAUUAUUUCAGUAACCAGCAGCCGUAGUCAUCCUAUGAGAUAUAUCUAUAAAAUCUAUAUUUUCACAAGAUUAUUUUAUAUUUUACUGAUUUUAUCCGCCUUGGGCGUUUGCAUUUGCAGUAGACUAUAACUGUCUUCACGAUUUAACUCGGACGCUCCCCACAGAUGAUCCCCCUCUCUCCACUCCACGCUUCCAAAACAACAUUUCUUUGCGUCACGCCGACGCUGGCGGUGACGAGCCGCCCCACUACACUCCUCCUAUCUCACCUUUCCUCCACACUCUUCCCCCAACUCUCCCAUCAGGACCACGGGGACGCGAUGCGCUGACCUAACAACGAGGCUGCAGGGCAACUUCACUCCGCGGCUCGAGGUUCGGCUGUAGGGAAAAAAAAAAAAAAAAAAAGCACGCGGCGCGGCUGUGACUCCAAGGGGCCGAGGGAGGGGGGCGAAAUUAGUUGCGCGCGCGCGCGGGGGGGUUGAGCGUGUUUUUUUUGUUUUCUUCUCGGGAGCGUCAGACACAACUCAGCAGCCCCCUGUCCCGCGUCGUGGUUCCCAUAUGUCGCGCAAGCAGGUCGACCAUGACUACAACCUCCGUAGCAUGAGCAACCUGAUGAGCGAGCGGUGGAAAAAAGUGAACGACGGAGGGGAGCGGAGUCUCAUCAAGGCUCCGUCCAGCGCCAGCAUCAGCAGCCAGGGCGCCUCCGCCGGAGCUUCCGCGCCAGCACCUGGAGCUGGAGCCGGAGCCGGAGCCGGAGCCUCCUCUUCCUCCUCCUCCACCGCCAACACCAACACCACCAACACCGGGGACUUGGAGAGGGCUGCCCGCAAGCAGUUCCAGCAGGAUGUCACGCCCGGCUUCGUCUACGUCCUGGCCGCCUUCUCCGCCCUCGGCGGGUUCCUGUUCGGCUACGACACCGGGGUGAUCUCCGGGGCGAUGCUCCUGCUGAAGAGGGAGCUGGACCUGAGCGCGCUGUGGCAGGAGGUGCUCAUAUCAAGUACUGUGGCCGCGGCCGCCCUCUCAGCCCUGCUGGGCGGCUUCCUCAACGGGCUCUUCGGGCGCAGGGUGUGCAUCCUGCUGGCCAGCUUCUUCUUCACCGUCGGGGGGAUCGUCCUGAGCACCGCGCCCGGGAAAGAGGUGCUCCUGGCGGGGAGGCUCAUCGUGGGAGUGGGGCUCGGUAUUGCCUCUAUGACGGUGCCCGUGUACAUCGCCGAGGCCUCUCCGUCCCACCUCAGGGGUCAGCUCGUGACCGUUAACACCCUCUUCAUCACCGGGGGGCAGUUCACCGCCAGCCUCAUCGACGGCGCCUUCAGCUACCUGCAGCGCGACGGGUGGAGGUACAUGUUGGGCCUGUCUGUGGUCCCCGCCGUGCUUCAGUUCAUGGGAUUCCUCUUCCUGCCGGAGAGUCCUCGCUGGCUGAUCCAGCGCGGGCUCACCCAGAAGGCCCGCCGCGUGCUCAGCCAGAUCCGAGGCAACCAGAACAUAGACGAGGAGUACGACAGCAUCAAAAACAGCAUUGAGGAGGAGGAGAAGGACAGUGGAGGAGAUGGCCCGGUGAUCUGGCGGAUGCUGACCUACCCCCCGACUCGUCGGGCCCUCAUAGUCGGAUGUGGUCUCCAAAUGUUCCAGCAGCUUUCAGGAAUCAACACGGUCAUGUACUACAGCGCCACCAUCCUGCAGAUGUCUGGAGUGCGUGACGACAGACUGGCGAUCUGGUUGGCCGGACUCACCACCCUCAGCAACUUCCUGUUUACGCUGCUGGGAGUGUGGCUGGUGGAGAGAGUGGGGCGCAGGAAGCUCACCUUGGGCAGCAUCAUAGGUACGUGUUUGAGCUUGAGCCUGUUGGCCGUUGGUUUUCUGAUGGCUGCCCAGCACAGUCCUCCUGUCACCGUCCAUCCGUUGGACCCCACCAUGGCCAACUCUACCUGCUCCAAGUACCAGCUGUGCGAGCCGUGCAUGCUGGACCCUGGAUGUGGCUUCUGUUAUCGGGAGAACGCCUCGGCCCUCCUCACCUCCUCCUGUGUGCCAGUCAAUAAGGCCUCCACCGAGCACGCAGCGUGGGGCAGAUGCUCCAACUCCACCCUGAUGAAAGAUCAGACCUACUGGGCCUACAACUACUGUCCCACCUCGUACUCCUGGCUGGUUCUACUAGGCCUGGUGCUCUAUCUGGCUGCUUUUGCUCCAGGCCUUGGUCCAAUGCCAUGGACCAUCAACUCGGAGAUCUAUCCUCUCUGGGCGAGGAGCACAGGGAACGCCUGCGCCGCCGGAGUCAAUUGGACAUUCAACAUCCUGGUGUCUCUCACCUUCCUCCACCUGGCUCAGUACUUCACCUACUAUGGAGCUUUCUUCCUCUACUCCAGCAUGGCGUUGUUGGGUUUUGUCUUCAUCUACGGCUGCCUGCCGGAAACCAAAGCUCGUCGCCUGGAAGAGAUCGAGGCGCUGUUCGAGAACCAGCUGUGUUCGUGCGGGGCUACGGAUUCAGACGAGGGCCGGCAGGUCGAGUACAUCCGGGUCAAAGGUUCAAACUACCACCUAUCGGACAACGACGCAUCGGACGUCGACUAGGGAGAGCUUUAGCAUGGAUGGUGUCACUCUAGAUGUUUUGUCGUUGCUGAAACACGCAGAGUGGUCAGGUCUGUAAUAUAUUUCCUUAAUUUAUGAUGUGAGGAGCCACUGGUUAGCCUCACUGUGAGGUUGAGAAUUACAUUUUAAAAGACCUUGUGCUUCUGUCUGUAACACGAGUUAGCUCACCUUCAAAUCAGUCACUGCGAGAAACCCAGACAAAACGUGAUGCUUUGGCAAGAGUACGAAUGUUUUCGAUUAACCAUGAUUAACCACGUCUGCAAAUAUAUUUACAGAAGUCAACAACUUUGGCUUGGUCACACACAGGCAUAACAUAAAUCCAAUAAAGACAGCGUCUCCUUUGGGGGGAGACUUGGACAGGAAGCAUGACUGUUUAAAAUACGGAAUAUACAAAAUAUAAGGGACUCGUCCUCUGUCAAGGAAAACGCCCCUACAUUUUGUACAUUUGUAGUCUAAAUAACAUAUAUGAUGUUGUCCAUAAAAUAUAGAAAGAUGCAUUUCAUUUAGAACACCAAAUGAAAAAGGUGCAGUACGUGUGGUUCGUGCGUCCACGAAAACUUCUGUUGACCUGACAUUAACUUGUUGUUGCUCUAUAGUACCAUUUAUGCCUUUCUGUAUGAGACGCGUCUCAGUUAAAUGUCGUUUCGGCUUGUAGCAUAGCACACCGGUGUCAGUUCCCUUAUAAUGGCGGUCUUCAGUUCGUGCUCGGUCUUGAUAUAUUUUUUAUGAAAAAGCAAUCACCAGAGAUGCACAGUGUAUUGUUACAGUUUAACUCGUAUUGUCAGUGGGUGCCUAAAUAAAACCACUUACCACUGUAGUAGCACUGAAAGAACUGUAAGUUCUCUUGCUGUGGUUUGUAUAUUUAUUUAUUUAUUUAUUUAAAAUGUUUGAUUUGAUCUAAAUUUCUUCGGCAUAGCUAAUUUCUCAAACGUCUUGCUUAGUUGCCUCUACGAAAAUGCAGUCAGCGUGCUACUAACGACAAUGACCGCCACGCGUCACGAUGUUUGCGAAAAAACCUACGCUAUGAACCAAUGUGUUGUUUCUGGAUAUACUGCUCAUGAACUGUAAUGUCCAGCAAAGACCAACCAGUCUGUUCUAUCUGUAGCAGUAAAGUAAAGAUUUUUGAGUAUUUAAUUAGUUCUAACUUAUAAUAUUAGUGCCUGUGUAUUGUGAAGGUGCCUAAUGGCCAUUUUUUUCAGUCACAUUCCCCGUAGGUCUGCAUAGCUUUUUUUUUUUUUUUAAUUUAUUUGUGCAUAUUCUCAUUUCACCUGUGAUGAAAUGUUGUGUUUUUUGAACAUGAUUUUAUGCCUGUUUUUCGUCUUCCUCCAUAGCCUUAUGUACAAAUGGCAGAGCAUAUCAUUUAUGUGGUUCUUGUGUCAACAGUUGAGGCGUAGGGUUUAGCGUAAUUUGGCUAUGUUGUUUUGUAAAAACUGUGUGAGGUUAAAACCUGUUAGUUAAAUGCAAGUAGGCUUCUGUGUAGCGACAAAUGUUUGAAAGUGUGCAACAAAAUAACUUGCUACUGUGCCCAGUGAACGGGUUUCUCGUGGCGGAACAAGGAUAAUCUCUGGGUCUUAGCCCAACAUAGACUGCUAAGGUUUAUUUCUGCUUUUUCCUAAAGUUUUGAAAUAAGAAGUUGCCCUUCAGCCGCCAUGGCACAAUGUAGUGAGUAUGCAGGGAUGCGCUAACGUUUUAAGAUUUUUGGAUGAAGUAUUGUUACAAUUUUGGUAUUUUCAAGUCGUCACAAUGGCUACGUUUUCACGGACGAUACUUCAGCCCGACUGAAUUUGAUUCCCGCUUUAUCCAUCUUUUCAAAAACCGCCGCGGUCCUUUCAGUCCGCAGAUUCCUCCCCGUCAGGACAGUCCGUUCUGUUUGAGGUGGUUACAUGAGUCAGUUUUAUUCUGGUUUGGUAGUUGUUCACAUUAUUAGUGGAAUACGAGCGUCCAUGUAAACGUAGCUUAUGACAAAUGAGAUGUAUAAAAGGAGAUAGCGCCAUAGCACUCUCAUAAAUGACUAUAACCGUGUAGCAGACUAGCACCCUCAUGUGGAAAACUGUCAAUGUACAUGAUGAUUUAAAAAAAAAAAAAAAAGCUUUAAAAGGCCAACUCUUUAUUUACAAAUCAUUCUAUUCUAUAAACGCUGAUCAUUUUCCAAAUCCUUGCAUGCAUUUUAUGAUUGACUAAACUUCCUUGAAACUGGUCUGAAAUGAUUUCAAACAACGCAUAGCACAAAAGUACCAAAAAGUCAACUCAAAAAACAUAUGACAUGGUUUUGAAUAUGAUCAGCAGUAACGCUGUAAAGCUCCUGUAAUUUGUAGUUACGGGUUUGAAACAUCCAGGUCACAUCAUGUUCGGGAAUGAUGAGAAACAUCCUGAGAUGACAAACCUUUCUACGUUAUAACGCAGCGUUAGUCCAUCCCUGAAUUGAGCUAAACUUUACAUCUGAUGGAGACGGGACUGAAAGGAGGAGUAAAAUAACCAACUGUAAUCCGAAAUGUGCCAUUUUCUUUUCUUUUACUUUGCUCCCGGAUGAGUUGUCUUAAACCCACACAAAGUAGUUUUGUACUUAAAAGUAUUAUUACACAUGAACACGCGCGCACAUUAAGCUGUCCACUGACUGUGUAAUGAAAACUCGUGUCGACCAAAUAUUUAACGUGAUUGUUCUGAGGCAGCGCCGUGUCGAGGAUAACGUGGUGUUCGGCCCUUAACUCUGACUCCUCUUACCACCGCGGGGGGUGUUUAAUGUGUUUAUGGUCAAAUGGUUGCAAUUCUUUUGUAUGUGAACCAAUUACGUGUGUUUACAAGGAACAAGAAAAAUAAAAAUAAAAAAAGAGUGAUGUAUAGUAUAUUUGAUUAUUGUUCAAGCUGUAAAUGUUUUGCUAGAGUUUAUAUUAUAUAAAGAUAAAUAUCUUCAUGAACUCUUAUGUAUAUGAGGAAAGAAAUAAACUUAUGAAUCAA